GGGUGACGUUUUGGGUCGAACCCCUUCUUCAGACUAGAAUCCAGCAUAUUGUGUCUAUCUUCGGUGUAAGCCAGCAUUUGCGUUUCCUUCCUUCCCGUUCCGCUGAGUGUUGCCAGCACUGGCCGCUGGCAGGGAUGGGUGUGUGUGGAAGGGGCGGCGGGUUUCUCCAGCAGGUGGCCGUGUGGCCGGGUGUUACCAGCGGCAGUGGCUGCUGUUGGAGCAGCCUAUGUGUGGGUGCGCGCUGCGAGUGACGACAGUACGGGGACGCACGCUGAGAGCUCGCACUUUAAAUGUUGCCGCGGCCGCAGCUGGAUGGCAGCGCAGCAGAGAGGCGAUGGGACCGAGUCCAACGGGCCCUCGGGGGAGCCCGCUUUAAAGUAGGGGGACACCCCACAUGGGCGGGUGGCAGGGAGCGGCAGCCAGCUCUCAGCCCGCGGCAGCAUGAGCGCGGGCGACCUGUCCACAUCGGACUGGGAGUUGCUGGAGUUCAACCAGUCGUACAACGAGAGCUGGCCAGCGGCCGAGCCCGGCUUCCCGUUCCUCUACGCCAUCCCGGCCGUGUACGGGCUCAUCAUCCUGGUGGGGCUAGUCGGAAAUGUGACCCUCAUCAAGAUCUUCUGCACGGUGAAGUCCAUGAGGAACGUGCCCAACAUCUUCAUCACCAGCCUGGCGCUGGGCGACCUCCUGCUUUUGCUCACCUGUGCUCCCGUAGACGCCAGCAAGUACAUCAGCGCCGAGUGGCUGUUCGGCCGGGUGGGCUGCAAACUCAUCGCCUUCAUCCAGCUGACCUCGGUCGGGGUGUCGGUCUUUACACUGACGGCGCUCAGUGCGGACAGGUACAAAGCUAUAGUCAGACCGAUGGAUAUCCAAACCACCAAUGCUCUGAUGAAGAUUUGUGUGAAGGCGGCUCUCAUCUGGGUGUUUUCAAUGCUGCUGGCUGUUCCCGAUGCUGUGUAUUCCGACCUGCAUCCUUUCGAUGACCCACAUAUCAAUAAAACUUUUAAGGCUUGUGCCCCAUACCCGCACGGCAAUGAGUUGCAUCCUAAAAUCCACUCCACGGCAUCCUUCCUGAUCCUCUACGUCAUCCCACUCUUCAUUAUCUCCGUGUAUUAUUUCCACAUUGCCAAGAACUUGAUCAGGAGUGCUUACAACAUUCCAGCAGAGGGCAAUCAGCACAUAUUGAGACAGAUGGAAUCCAGGAAAAGACUUGCAAAGACGGUGCUGGUAUUUGUGGGCUUCUUUGCUGUAAGCUGGCUCCCCAGUCACAUCAUCUACCUGCACCGCUCCUACCACUACAAACAGGUGGACACCUCCAUGGCGCACCUGAUCGGCAGCAUUUGUGCCAGAAUUUUGGCGUUCAGCAACUCCUGCGUCAACCCCUUUGCCCUCUACCUGCUGAGCAAGACCUUCCGAAAGCAGUUCAACAACAACUUGUUUUGCUGCAGGAGCCACCUGCUCAUACGAUCAACCAGCAUGGGCAAGAGCACCACAGCUUCGCGGAUGACCUCCCUCAAGAGCACCAACCACUCGGUGGGAAGCUUCAGUCUAAUCAAUGGGAACUUUGUUCACCAAGAAGGUUAUGUGUAGGGCUGCGAGGCAGCACCAAGAGACGAUGUAUGUGCUGUACUUUCAAUCAUUGUCAUGCCCAGGGAUUGCCAGUCUCGGUGAAGUGAAUGUUUAACGAAUCUUCGGGUCAGGUGGAGAAUGUGAGGACUUGGUACAAUAGGUUUCAGUCGAGUUUUUGCCAAAUCAAAGGAUAUAAUUCCGAUUAAAACAAUUUAUUUUGAAAUGUUGGGAGUAGUUUUGAUAUAUGGCAGGUCCUCCCUAUAAGCAGGGAAGCAAUCAGGAAGCUAAUGGUGUACCAAAGAUAUGCCACAAAAGUAGGCAUUUGCCAGACCCUCUCUCAGGUCUCUGCAAGUUGUGGGAGGCAAUAAGCAACAUUGUUACGUUGUUACAGAAAUACUAUUUUGGUACUCUGUUAAAGCAAGGACUAGGUGCGGUAUUUGUCAAUAUGAAAGAUGGAUACAUGAUGUGUAAUGCUGUGGUAUAUCAGUCACGUGUAUUAUAUUGGAAGGUACAAUGGCACUCAUCAUUGAGUGAUGAGAUGCCACCCACACAGACUUCCUUAUCUGAACUGUGUAGCAGUCAGGUCCAAUUUAUCUCAUUGAAUGUGCAUUGUAGUAGAUUAUGUAUUUAUAUUCUGUUUCUAGAAAUUCAGUUCCAUCCACAUCAGUAGAAUGACAUUUAACUCAUGGAUUUAUAUCAUGCUCUUGGUGCACAUACCGUUACUACUGACAGAUCUCCAUCCAUAAAUGUUGCACCAAAAAAACUAGAGAAAGGCAGACCAGCCCAUGCUAUAGCCCAUGGCAUAGCCCAUGCUAUGUUCGUGGUGAACUGUAGUGCUGUUUUUCCAAGAUAAGUGGAAGAGAAAAGUGAAAAUAACAUCAUCAAGUGAGAUUUUGUGUGCUCAGAUUAAAUAGGAACCAUUUUAUAAUACAUGGCUGCAACACCUGAUCAUCAUCCACCAACUUACAUUUGUGAAAGUGCCUCACAGCACCAGAGGCCUGGGUUCGACCUGACCUUGGGUGCUGUCUGUGUGGAGCUUGCACAUUCUCCUUGUGACCGUGCAAACCUCUGGGUGCUCCGGUUUAGAGUCAUGGAGUAAUACAGUGUGGAAACAGGCCUCUCGGCCCAACUCGCCCAUGCUGGCCAACAAUGUCCCAUCUACCCUAGUCCCACUUGCCUGCGAUUAGCCCAUAACCCUCCAAACCUGUCCUUUCCGCCUACAUCCCAAAGACGUGUGGGUUUGUUGGGUAAUUGGCCUCUGUAGAAUUGCCCCGAGUGUGUAGGGAGUGGAUUCAAAAAGUGAGGUAAUAUAGAACAAGUGUGAAUGGCUGAUCGAUGGUCAGAGUGGACUUGGUGGACUUGUUUCCAUGCUGUAUCUUUCCAUCAAUCAAUGUGAAAAGGGCUCAACCAUGAGGGCCCCAGAGUCAGGUCCACACUGAGUCCUAGAGUUAUGUUCACCUGUGAAGGAUGGGCAGCAGUCAGGGUAUCACUUGGGAGCAGACAUGCAACAAUAUUAAACAACAUUUUCCGAUUUGAAGAGAGAAGCAGUUAUAAAACUGGAAGGUAGUAGAACGGGUCAUGGUCAUUCAGGAAGCUGUUUUAUUUUACUUGAAUGGUGUGGUAAAUUAUGGAGCUGUCUGGUGCUGAGGGUCAAGGACUUGGACGUGGUCUGUGCAAUGGAUCUCCAGAGUGACAACAAAAAUGGCAAAGAUGCAUUGAAGGUGAACUGGAUUUUAAUUGUGAUACUGCUUCCCAGGAAUGAGCAGGUAUGGUUUUGGUAUUCAAGUAGGAAUUGUUUUUUGAAUAAGAAGGCACAUUAGAUUGUGAAGGCUAGCAGCAUACAUUUUAAGAAAAGCAGCUGAACUUUACUACUGGCAGUCAAUAGAAAAUGUAAAUAGUUAUCGCCACAAGUAUUUUUCACUUGCAAUAUGAAAACAUAAUUCAAAUAUUUAAUCAAUGUUAAUACACAGUUUCUGAUGGCAGAUAUGUAACGGGUAUAGCUUGGACCCAAUAGCAGCACAUAAUCAGGCAGGUAUAAUUGGUAAUUAACUUUAUUACGAUACUGUAACACAGAGUAGUAACAGGAAUGGGUACACCAUACUCACACAGAGGCUCAGGAUUGAGCGAGGGUUCCGAAGAGGGGCAGGCAGGAGACAUGGACGGGGUAGCGGAAGGUCUGGUAACCAGGAGAUCCAACACACGAUGCAAACAAACCAGCGAGGGACAGACGAAAGGAGAGUCGAAACCAGGCAGGAAGUCGAGGAGCCGUUGCAGGUAUACACCAAACAGCCCAGGAGAGAGGCAGACAGAAACCAGGAGGUACGGGACGAAGGCCGUGGUCGGGGACAGAAGGCUGAGGUGAUAUCCGGGAAGAUGACAGGACGGAAUGGUCAGGGGCAGGCAGGUUCGAAUCCGUGUAGGCAGUCGGGAAAUCGCUGGAGAGUCUUGCAUGAAUGCUGAGAACAAUCUGGCACUGUGUGAACGGUGAGGAGAGUCUAUAUACCGGGUUAAUAGGUGAUCAGAGGCAACUGAGUGCAACAGGUGAGGAGAGUUGGGCUGAUGAGAGGGGAGUGGCAGGCAGGUGAGGAGAAGGAGGGAUCGGUGGAAAAGUACUGGGAGGUGAAGUGGAUGAGAAUGCGGAGAGGGCAGACUGUGACAAGAUAGAAAUAUUCGGCAUAGUGGGGCUAUGAAAUCACUAAAUCACUAAUUUAAUAAAAGAUAUAUAUAUACACACACACACACAAGCACGCACGC